UGGGUUAUCUAAGGAAUAAUUUAGCCUAGAUGUGUUUCUGCGCUUCCUGGAAGAAUGACAGAUGACAAAGAUGUACUCAGAGAUGUGUGGUUUGGAAGAAUACCAACCUGUUUUAUGUUGUAUCAAGAUGAGAGUACCGAAAGAGAAGCGGAACCGUACUAUCUGCUUUUACCUAGGAUAAGCUACCUGACACUUGUAACUGACAAAGUGAAAAAACAUUUUCAAAAGGUUAUGAGACGAGAGGACAUCGGAGAAAUAUGGUUUGAAAAUGAAGGUACCCCUUUGAAAUGGCACUAUCCCAUUGGUUUACUAUUUGAUCUUCAUGCUUCAAAUGCAACCCUUCCAUGGAAUAUCACAGUACAUUUUAAGAACUUUCCAGAAAAAGAUCUUCUGCAUUGCUCCUCUAAGGAAGUAAUUGAAGCUCAUUUCAUGGCUUGUAUAAAAGAAGCAGAUGCCUUAAAGCAUAAGAGUCAAGUAAUCAAUGAAAUGCAAAAAAAGGAUCAUAAGCAACUUUGGAUGGGGUUGCAGAAUGACAAAUUUGAACAGUUUUGGGCUAUAAACCGGAAACUCAUGGAGUAUCCCGCAGAAGAUAAUGGAUUUCGCUACAUCCCAUUUAGAAUAUACCAGAUAACACCAGAACGACCUUUUAUACAGAAGCUAUUCCGUCCUGUUGCUGUAGAUGGACAGCUACAUACACUGGGUGAUCUCCUAAGAGAAGUUUGUCCUGCUGCAAUUAAUUCUGAAGAAUGUUCCAUUCUUCUACUGAAGACCUGAUGAGAUCAUUUGCUGGAUCCCCAUCAAGGACAUUUUAAACUUGGAGUCUGAAGAGCGCCAUUUUGUAUUAAGAUAAUGGAGUUCUUUUUCUUGUUUUUCUUCUGAAAUGUUAUAUAGGUUUUGUUAUAUAUACUGAGAAGGAAAAAUUACAGAGUAAAUAUGGAAGAUAGGAUGCUAACUGUUUUAUAUUAGUUUUAUUUAUUCUAGUUUUCUUCUGCCCAAUAACAGAAAGUUUUAAGACACUGCAGCAAUUUUAGUAUGAGAUGUCACUUGUUCCUCUGCAUUUGUAUUGCACAAUAUGCUUAAUUUAGUACAUGAUCCAUUAGGUCAGAAUACAUAUGAAGGAUAAACACAAUUUAGGAAUGCAGUGUUCCAAAAUAUAAAAAUGGGUGUGUAGUUAUAUAAAAGUUUCCUACCAUACCAUAAUGUUUUUUUUAAAUGACACAUCAGAUAAUGAAACUUAAAAAAAAAAAAAACACAUCACAUACUUCAACAUUUACUCAUUGAACUGAUUGUAAUGUAAAAUGCAUGUCCACAGAAUCCCAGCAUUUUGAAUUUAGUAAUGUGUUGUUAGAGAUAUCCUCCUUCUUCAAAUAUUUACAUGGAUUAUCCAGAGACGUUUCAUUUACACUCCAAGCAUUCUAUGACAUCACUGCAACAUCUUCCCAGUCCAGUCAUUGAUUUCUGCAUCUUAGCCUGUUCCUGUGUCUUAGGAAAAGGCUUGAUUCUUAUCCAGUACAUUGAGUAAGCCAUCUCCCUAAGCAUCCUGGCCAGAUGAGUUCAUAUCAGUUGGAAUAAACUUCAAUCAAUUAUUUAUUUAUUAUUAAUUCAAUUUGUAUGCCGCCCCUCUCCGAAGACUCAGCACGGCUCCUGAAAGGCUGGGAUAUUUUUGAUACUUAAGACUUAAACCAUCUGAAGAGAGUUUUAAUUCAAUCAUUAAUUGGCCUUCUUCAUCUCCCUUCAUCUUUCCUCAGCAGCUCCUCAAAAUUAUUAGACAAGUUUGUGGUGCAGAGAAGAUAGAUGCAGAGAUACUGUAGAUGGGAUUGGGAAGUCCAAUCUACCUUCUUGCUGCACCAUAGCCUAUUAAAAGCACAAAGCUCACAACGUACAACCUCCUGCAUCCAAGGACAGAGAUGUGAACCCAGUCACCAAAAAACUCCCACUACUUUACAUCAACAACAAAGGUAAAAAUAACACCAGCAACUAUUGCAAUAUACAGACAGUCCUUGACUUAUGACCACAAUUGAGCCCAAAAUUUUUGUUGCUAAGCAAAACAUUUGUUAAGUGAAUUUUGCCCCAUUUUACGACCUUUUAUGCCACAGUUAAGUGAAUCACUGCAGUUGUCAAGUUAGGAACUUGGUUGUUAAGUGAAUACGGCUUCCCCAUUGACUUAUAAAUAUGAGUCAGUUGCCAAGCAUCCAAAUUCCGAUCACAUGACUACGGGGAUACUGCAAUGGUUGUAAGUGUGAAAAACAGUCAUAAGUCACUUUUUUGAUGCCGUUGCAACUUUGAACAGUUACUAAAUGUACUGUCGUAAGUCGAGGACAUUGUAGUGUUUCUCCAAUCCUGAUUUGGCAACCACUCAAAUAAACACCAUGGUUGCUAGACCGGAAACCACUGAAGAGUCUAAAAGGACCAGGAGUAGGAACUUCCUCAUCCAUGCCCUGGAAAAUAUCGUCUCCCAGGGUGAUCAGUGUAUUUUUCAUCCCCAGGUAUGAAUACUGGUUGAAAGGGAUCUAGAUAAUCAAUCUUCCCAGAGUCUUUGUAGUUGUAAUCUAACUGUUCUCUGUGGAAACUGGGUGAUAGUUGUUUAAAUCUGUCAAGUUAUCAGAGGGAUUUUUCAGGAGGGGUGUACCAUUGCCACCUUCAAAAUGGUAUGAAGAGCCCCCCCCCCAAACUGACACCCCCUCCUUAUGCCUUUGUUUUCCAGAGACGCCAAGUGGUGUCUGGGAUAAGCACACAUAUCACAGAACUCUUCCCACAAAACACCUGAAAACCAAGAAGCCAAAUCAAUCCCAGGUAAUGUGACUGCCCUCCUCGCUUCUUCUGAUCCUACCCAUGCAGAGUUCAGGAAAAAAGUGAAUCUGAGUGAUUUUUAUCAGCAAAAUUCUGCCCCCACAAUACCCCACAAAUAGAUUUAUUGGCCUCUUAUUCAUUAAAAGGGAAUGAGUCACUUUUUAAAAGGCUGCUUGAGCACAUUCUCAUGAUGCAAUAAGGGUGGAGAAAUAAGUAUAACACACUACUUAUCACCAGAGUGUAGGUUCAAACAAAAACCCUUACUAGAGUCUGAUUUUCUUUGGUCAUCUUUCAUUGUUGUGCCAGUUUUGGUAGUUUCUGUUUCCUGAAUAAAAUUUACAGCAUUUACUAUCAUUUUUAAGAUGUCAAUGACUUAACUCCAAACUAACUAGUCGGGUGCUCGCUUCAGCAGCACAUAUACUAAAAUUGGAACGAUACAGAGAAGAUUAGCAUGGCCCCUGUGCAAGGAUGAUACGCAAAUUCGUGAGAGCGUUCCAUAUUUUUUAUGCCACCAGAAAGAUUAGCAAAGAUGUUUAAGGAUAAAUCAGCCAAAUGUUGGAAAUGUUUGCAUUUGCCGGGAUCAUACUAUCAUAUGUGGUGGUCAUGUUUAGAAGCAAAAAAUUAUAGGUCUAGAUACCAAUACAGAAAUGGUUGGAAGAAAUAUUACAUAAAUCUAUAGAAUUAAAACCAGAGGUUUUUUUUAUUGGGUAUUCUCCUAGAGAGAUAUAGUAAAGAAGAUGUGUAUUUAACUAUACAUAUAAUAACAGCAGCAAGAAUUGUAUUUGCACAAAAUUGGAAGACAGAAAAAAUUCCAUCAGAAGGUGAAGUAAUAAAAAAGAUUUUAGACUGUGCGGAAAUGAAUAGAUUAACUUUAAGAACAAGAGAUAAAGAGGAAUCGGUGUAUUUCAAGACAUGGGGAAGAUUUUAUAUAUGGCUAGAAAAGAAAUAUGAAGCUAAGAAGAUAGAUAAAUGAUUUAGAUAAUAGAAAGUUAAACGAGGUAGAGGAUAAAAAAGAAAUAGAAACCCAGAUGACACCAGAGUAAAUGAAAAAGGGGGAUGGAAGGGGAGAAAAAGAAAGAAGAUAAUAAGAAUAAAUGUACAAUUAUGAUGAUAAUACUGAUAGAUAGAAUAAAUCUGAAAAGAAAUUGAAAGAAAGUAUAUACUAUUAGAAUACAGGAGUUACUCGGAUACCAAACAAAAAGAAUAUUUCACAGCAAAGAAGAUAGAAAGGAGAUAGGAGUAGAGGGUAGGAAGAGGAG